ACCGGAAGUCUUCGUGAGUGGGGCGGGGCCUGUGCAGCGGCACAGUGGGAUCGAUAUGGCUACCGAGGGCGAUGUGGAGCUGGAGUUGGAGACGGAGACCAGCGGCCCGGAGCGGCCUCCCGAGAAGCCACGCAAGCAUGACAGCGGUGCAGCGGACCUGGAGAGAGUCACCGACUACGCGGAGGAGAAGGAGAUCCAGAGUUCCAAUCUGGAGACGGCCAUGUCCGUAAUUGGAGAUAGACGGUCCCGGGAGCAGAAAGCCAAACAGGAGCGGGAGAAGGAACUGGCCAAAGUCACCAUUAAGAAGGAAGAUCUGGAGCUGAUAGUAACCCAUACCUGCAUGACUUUGGGAAGAAUGGUUUUGUUGAAGUGAUCCUCCAGGGUAGAGCCCUAUUCCUGGUAAACAAGAGUUCAAGCAGAAGAAGAGAGCCACUAUCCAACCAUCUAUUUGUUCAUCUAUUGGUGUUUCCAGAUAAGACGAAAUCACAGGAAAACAUUCUUGUGAAUACCAACCCUAAUGAUAAAGAAGGUGAGCCUGAAUACAAUGACGUGGAGGAAGACAGGCAGUGAAACAACAGAAAAAAUUCCCCCCAGACAGGCAGACUACAUCCAUCACAAAUUCAUGCUAUUCCACCUCAACUAUAUCCUUAAGGGAAUUAUUUGUAACAGUGCCCAGCACACAAGGGUGACUUAGGUGGGAACAGAAAAUUAAAAUGUUGCUCAAUCCCUCUUUUAGUUCUUCUGGAAUUUUCUAUGGCAGCCUUUAUAUCACCAUAUAACUCAAGCU